GCGACGUAACGUAGGAUAGUCGAGCCGAGCAGAAUGCAGGAAUCUAUGAAGUUCAAUCUUAAAGAGGUUAAGACAGACCUUUUGCACGCUAUACGUGAAUGCUCUCAGCGCGGUUUGCUGCACACCACGAAAUGGUUAGCGGAAUUAAAUUACUCCUUGAAGAAUGUAGAGCUAGAUGAGCACGACCUGACCACGGAGAUUAAGAUGGAUAUUGGUGAACCGGAGGAUAUCUAUCACCUGGCUAAGACGUACUUCGAUCUGAAGGAGUAUGACAGAGCGGCGUAUUUCACGAUGGACUGCAUGAGUCCUAAGAUCAGAUUUCUACAUUUGUAUUCGCGAUACUUGUCGGGGGAGAAGAAGAAGAUAGAUGACAUGACAGAUGUGCCACCGGAUCCUCUAAAGAAUGAAACCCUGAAAUAUCUCUGCGCUGAUCUGAGAUCAGAUCAUCUGGCGUCGAGACUAGAUGGCUAUGGGUUAUAUCUUUUUGGUGUGACGCUGAAAAAGCUGCAGCUUACCAGGGAGGCAACAGACGUUUUAGUGGAGGCUAUACAUAAAGAGCCGAUGCACUGGGGUGCAUGGUUAGAGCUGGCUGCGUUAAUUACAGACAGAGAGAAACUGGACAGCUUGUGCCUGCCCAAUCAUUGGAUGAAGUAUUUCUUUAUGGCACACAUGUACUUAGAACUGCAGUUGAUAGAUGAGGGUCUAGCAUUAUACUGCCAACUGCAGUCGAUGGGCUUUCAAAAAAAUGGUUACGUUUUAGCUCAAACUGCAAUUGCAGUGCAUUAUAGAAGAGAUGUUGAUAAUGCAAUAGAAACUUUCAAGAGAAUAAUAGAUGAAGAUCCUUACUGUCUCGAUAACAUGGAUACAUAUUCAAAUCUACUUUAUGUGAAAGAGAUGAAAGUUGAAUUAGCAGAUCUGGCGCACAGAGCUACCGAGAUAGAUAAAUAUAGAUUAGAGACUUGUUGUAUAGUUGGAAAUUAUUACAGCUUAAGAGCCGAUCAUCAAAAAGCAGUGAUGUAUUUUCACAGAGCUUUAAAAAUGAAUCCGCAAUAUUUGUCAGCUUGGACAUUGCUAGGUCAUGAAUUUAUGGAAAUGAAGAAUACCAAUGGCGCUAUUCAUAGUUAUAGACAGGCAAUCGAGGUUAACAGACGAGACUAUAGAGCAUGGUAUGGUUUGGGUCAGACUUACGAAAUCUUGAAAAUGCCGUUUUAUGGACUUUAUUAUUAUAAGCAAGCUCAGCUCUUGAGGCCACACGACAGUAGAAUGGUUCUAGCCUUGGGUGAAGCAUAUGAAAAGCAGGACAAAAUUCAAGAUGCACUGAAAUGUUAUUACAAGGCAUGCAACGUGGGCGACAUAGAAGGAAUGGCACUCUUAAAAUUAGCAACGUUGUAUGAGAAAUUAGGAGAACACGAUCAUGCAGCAGCAGCUUAUACAGAUUUUGUGACGGAUGAAUUUCGAAGUGUUGAUAGAACAGAACUGAGUCAUGCGUAUAAAUAUCUCACACAAUAUCACUUAAAAAAAGAGCAAUUGGAUCAAGCUAAUCAUUACGCACAGAAAUGUCUUCAAUUUGAUGAAACAAAAGAAGAAGCAAAAGUGCUAUUAAGAACUAUUGCUGAAAAAAGAACUAAAGUAGAAGAAACUUCCAUGGUGGUGGAUAUGAACGAAACGGAUCCUGUAAUUGAGCAAAGAUCGCGAACAGAUGCAACACCAAGUAGUCAAUUAUCGCCAAUGAAUCUUUCGUUCACACCUACGCCAUAGACGGAUAUUUUCUAUUUAUAGUAUAUAAUAUUAAUUUUUGUAAUUCUGUAUGUAAAUAAAAAACAUUCAAUAAUUUUUUAAUAUCA